GUGGCUGAGAAAAUUUUGAAGGUGCCAGUUUUCUGCUGUUUUCGCCAAGUGAGUAACAAGAAAAAAGGUGAGAUAUGAGAUAUGGCAGAGUUUACAGUGAACUUUGCUAUAGAAACCUUGGGUUCCUUGCUUGUCCAAGAAACCAAGUUGUUGAGAAGUGUAAAGAAAGAAGUUGAAAGCAUCAAAAGAGAAUUAGAGAUCAUCAGAUCUUUUCUCAGGGAUGCAGAUACAAGGGCAGCAGCUGAAGAAGAAGGAGAAAGCAAUGGAGGUGUCGUAAGUACUUGGGUAAAACAAGUAAGGGAAGAAGCUUAUCACAUUGAAGACGUCAUAGAUGAGUACAUACUUAAUGAAGCGAAGCAUCAUGAACAUGAUGGCAAAGGUCUCACUGUUUUUCUUCAUAAAAUGUGUUGCUUCAUGAAUGAAAUUAAGGUGCGUCAUGGAAUUUCAUCUGAGAUUAAAGAUAUCAAAUCAUCACUUGUUGAUAUACAGAGAAGAGCGGAACACUAUAACUUGAGGCACAUAGAUCAAGGAGAUGUUGUUCCACACGACUCUCGAGUUGGUUCCUUUUUCAUCCAAGACGCUGAAGUUGUGGGCAUUGAAUCUACUAUAGACCAAUUGAUUGGUUUGUUGGUAAGUGGAACAUCCAACCGUUCAGUGGUUGGACUUGUGGGCAAAGGAGGUCUUGGUAAGACAACUCUUGCCGGGAAAAUUUAUAAGAAUGAUACAGUGAAGAAGCAUUUCGAUUGCCAAGCUUGGAUCACGGUUGGAAAAGAAUGCACCAAAAUGGAUAUACUAAGGAAAACUAUACAAGAAUUUGAUCGUGUGACAGGGUUUACUCAUGGAGAGAUGGAUAAAAUGGAAGAGAAUGAUAUGCUCACCGCACUAGAUAGACAAUUAAAGGACAAGUGUUGCAUGGUUGUGUUCGAUGACGUGUGGAAAACUGAUUUUUGGGGAUAUAUAGAGUAUGCUUUAAUUGAGAACAACAAAGAAACCAAGUUGUUAAGAAGUGUAAAGAAAGAAGUUGAAAGCAUCAAAAGAGAAUUGGAGAUCAUCAGAUCUUUCCUCAAGGAUGCAGAUACAAGGGCAGCAGCCGAAGAAGAAGGAGAAAGCAAUGGAGGUGGCAUGAGUACUUGGGUAAAACAAGUAAGAGAAGAAGCUUAUCACAUUGAAGACGUCAUAGAUGAGUAUGUACUUAAUAAGGCAAAGCAUCAUGAGCAUGAUGGCAAAGGUCUCACUGGUUUCCUUCGUAAAAUGUGUUGCUUCAUGAAGGAACUUAAGGUGUGUCAUGAAAUUUCAUCUAAGAUUAAAGAUAUCAAAUCAUCACUUGCUGAUAUACAGAGAAGAGCGGAAUACUAUAACUUGAGGCACAUAGAUCAAGGAGAUGUUAUAUUGCACGACUCUCGAGUUGGUUCCUUUUUCAUCCAAGGCGAUGAAGUUGUGGGCAUCGAAUCUAUCAGAGAACAAUUGAUUGGUUUGUUGGUAAGUGGAACAUCCAACCGUUCAGUGGUUGUAGUUGUGGGCGAAGGAGGACUUGGCAGGACCAUUCUUGCCGGGAAAAUUUAUAACAAUAAUAUAGUGAAGAAGCAUUUUGAUUACCAGGCUUAG